AUGAUUAAACAACAGCAACCACAACAACUUAAGGCGCAAAGCGCCCAGGUCCUUCAGACCAUUACAUACGCCAUAUAUGCAUAUAAUUCAAAGACGGCAGAACAAACGCAAAGGUUGAAAUAUGGAGAUUUGGAGAUAGUAUUGAAAAAUGACCAUUUCGAAUUCGUUUGCAAAGGUGGUGCAGUGAUAUCAAAUAUAAAAGAAAUUUUAUUUAUGAAUUCUAAAAUUAAAGGUAUAACAGAUGAUAUAACAUCAAUUCCACCAGAAGAACAGAGAUAUUACGCAUUAAAUGCAUUUCCUAAAGUUUUGAAGAUUGGAAGAUUUAAUUUAAAUGAGGAAUUCAUAAAAGGUUUCCUAAAUGACAUAAUGAAGAAGGUGGAUAAGGAAUAUGUGGAUAGUGAGUUAAAUAAGAAGGCAGAUAAGGAAUAUGUUAACGAUGAGUUAGAGAAGAAGGCAGAUAAGGAUUGUGUGGCUAGUGCGUUAGAGAAGAAAGCAGAUAAGGAAUAUGUUGAUGAAAAAGAUAAUGAAAUUAUAGAAAGGGUUGAAUGGUAUCAUGAAUGGACAUCGAAGAUUUUAAAAACUAAAGCUGAUACAGGAUGGGUUUCAGGAUGUUUAGACCUUAAAGCGGAUAAGGAAUAUGUUAACGAUGAGUUAAAUAAGAAAGCAAAUAAGACUCAUACACAUACAAGUUUUACAACUGUUGCUAUAGAAAGUAUUGAAGGAACGGUUGAAGAAACUGGUGGGGAUGCAUUAUAUUGUAAACCUCCUAACUUUCCACAAGGUUUAACAUCGGAUGACGACAUAACGACGAUGAGAAACAUUAGAUGUAAAGAUGUUUAUGUCAUGAAGGAUGAACAUAAUAUUAAAUUCACUGCUCAAGAUUUAUAUGACAAGAAAGCAGACAAAACAGAGCUUCAAACAUUAAAGACAGAAAUACUUCAAACAUUAUAUCCUAUAGGCUCUAUUUAUACGUCAAUGAACUCUACCAGACCAGAAACAGUUCUGGGUUUUGGAACUUGGACUCAAAUAGUCGACAGGUUUUUGUAUUGUGCAAACUCUUCAAAGGAAACAGGUGGAAGUAAAACGAUUUCAGGUGAAAAUUUACCUGCACAUAGUCACUACAUAGAUUUAAGUACAUCUCAAGCAGGUUGGCAUAAGCAUAGAUAUUGGGAUUGGUCAGCAAUGACAAAAGGUAAAGGAUAUGAUGUUAAAGACAACGUUAAGUUUGCUAUAAAUUGUUACUGGAGUAACACUGAGGGAGGAGGAAACCAUACACAUCGCGUUUCAGGAUAUACGCAAACAACGGGACAAAGUAAAGAAUACAUGCCACCUUACAUGACAGUUUACGCAUGGUAUAGAGUUCAAUGA